AUGUCAGCACUAGAUAGACUACAAAAAUGUUUACAAGAACUUACGAAUUGUCGUCAGAGGAUAAUACAGAAUGUGAAAAGUAAUCUUUUUUUUGACAGUGCUAGUGAGGCUAUUAGAUAUUGCGAAGAUAUCGAACAAAUAACUUUAAAUGAUAUUGACGUUCAAGAACUAGGUCUCGCGUCAAAAUUUCUAUUUGAUCCGAAAACAGGAAUAAUUAAAUUUUUAGUAGACACUGCCCAAAUAAUUGAUUCAACACUUUCUAAAGCAAAGAUAGCUCUUUUAGAAUUUCUAUUUCUUUAUAUACAAAAAGUAAGAUCCGAUAUUGAACCAUAUUCAAUCAAGAUUAGGGACGCGUGUUUCACACUUCAACAUAAUGAUGAAGCUGUUGUACGUGCUGCUUCUUUUAAACCAAUGGUUGCAAUGUUGGAUUCAAGUGUACGAAUAAUUGAUCCUAAUAAAAUGCACAUGGAAGAUAUACUUCAACGAUUUCCCGAACAUUCUAAAAAAGAUUGCGACAAACUUUUACGUGUUUUCAUAAACAAGUUAAAAGAUCCAGAUCAUUCAAAUGCUGCUUUUAAAGGAUUACAUUCUUUCUUAUUUAGUUUUCCUGAUUUAUUGAAGAAAGCUAAUCAAGAGGAAUAUGUAUUUCAAUGCAUUUUAAGAAGUAUUACCAUGGUCGAGAACGAAAGUCAUUAUGAUAUUGCGAAAACUGGUUUCGAUUAUAUAUCUGAUCAUUCAAGCAUAUUUGGUCAUUAUUACUUGCAACAUUAUCGUGAAGUGUGGGCUUGUCUUUGGAAAUGUCGUGAUCAUAAAAAUAAUGACGUUGCCGCUUUGUUGAAUUCAAAUUUUAUUGGGUCUCAUGAAAAAGAAUGUGUGGAGUUCUUUUUAUCAAUAUUUGUAAAUAUAUGGAAGGCUAAUAGCAGUGAUCAAAAACAGGAAGUAGAAUCAAAGAAUCAACAAACAAAAGAUCUUUCCAUUGCUGUUCGAGGUGUAGGGUAUUUUGCCGCACCAGCAAAAAAGUUUAUGGAGGAAAAUAGGUUACAACAACUAUUUCAGGAUUUGCUUAAGCCAAGUGCUUGGGUAGUUUCAAGUAUGGAUUAUAAAGAGACCUCACUGAAUGUUCAACAAAUACCGUUGUUCAUUGAAGCCUAUUGUUAUAUUGGACAUGAAUUUGAUGUUAUUUUUGAUGAAUUAAUGGAGGUUAUUGAACGUGAAGUGGGUUUAAUGCUUAUGUAUUACCCACGUUUAAUAUCAGAAUUACGUCUUAGAAGUGCAAAUGCUUAUGUACAAUUAUUAUGGAUGUUAUACAUGAAAGGACGAGGUGUUUUGCAAAAAUUUGUUGCUAAAACAUUUUAUCAUGCAAUGAUUUUGACGUGUACAGAUGGAAUUCAAUAUAAAAAUCAGGCUGAUAUUCAAGAAAAUGUUCCUGGAAUUAUUAAUCCUGUAGCUGAACAUACGUAUCAAGAAAUGUUCAAUUUUUGGGAACAUAUUUUUAAAGAUUCAACCUUAACUUGGGUUAUUCGUCAAAGUGGUCUUUCAUCUGAAGAACCUCAAAAUAAUGAUACUAUCAAAGAAUUUUUUUCUAUACUAUAUGAUGAAUUUUUAUCUGCUGUAUUUCGUAUGAUUAGAUCUUUAAAUUUUGAUGUUAUAGAUGUAGCAUCUGAUGAUACAACUAAUAUUACUGAAUCUGGAUCUGACCAAAUUGAAAAAAAUACGGACUCUAAUUUAAUAGCAAUUGCUGGAUCUGGUGAUUUAGAUAAUUUAAAACCUGUUGUUUCUAAAGAUUUUGUACUUUUUCAAAAUCUUGUAGAUUUCUGGAAAUUAUUUUUAUCAAGGAUCAGACGUGAAUUAUUUUCAAGAUGGGUUUAUCUUUCAGGUGAUACUUUAAUAACAUUUUCUACGCAAUAUCCCUAUGUUAGUGGUUUCUACAAGAUGCUGGGGUCAUGUAUGAAAGUAUGCGAAAUUAUAAAGUUUUUUGAUGGUAUUAAAAAAAUAAAUGAUGAGAAUACUACGAUUCACGGCGCGCAUGAUCAAUUAUUACCUUCUGCUACAUCAUUGCAACGCGCGAGUUACUUUCUUUUUACAAAAUUUCUCAAAGAAGUUUGUGUUCGACUUGAUCAAUACAAAGAUGAUUUACUUGCUUCAUGCCUUGAUCUUGUUCUUUCGGCUCCUAAAGAGCUUCUUCAUAUGGAUAAUCUUAUAUCACCAAUACGUAUUUCAUUAAAAUUGGGACAAAGUUAUCAACCACUUGCAAAUAUUGGUUUAAAUGCAAUUGAAAAAUUACUAGAUAUGAAAGAAUCUCAAAAUAUUAAUAAAUUACUUGGACAAUUAUUACCACUUUUAAAUGAUUAUUUAUUGGUUACUGCUGAUUCAAUGGAUAAUUCUCUUAAAGAAAUUGCUCAAGUUCGUGCUGAUGCUCAAUCGUUGAAACGUGGAAUUAAAACAGUAGAACAAGCUAGAAAGCAGAAAAUAAGAGAUAUGGAUAGGCAUAAAAGUUCUACAAUUGUUGGGAUGGGUCAGCUAAAGAAAAAUGCUGGAUUACAUAAUUUACAAGUACGCGUUCUUCGAAUACUUGGAAGACUUGGUGGAACUAGCAAAUUAAUAUUUGAACGAAUUAUUGAUAAUGAAACUACAAAUAAACAACAAAAUAUUCAUGGAUUUAAAGAUAAAACUUCAAAUAAUCUUUUGGCUUGGGAUCCUGAAAAACGAUUAAUUUUUAAUAUUCCAUAUCCGGAUACCAAUGUGGAAAUUUCAAUUGAUGAAUUCUUCCCACGUAUUGUUGAACUAGCCGAGUCUGCUCCUGAUCGAAAAACAAAGGUUUUUGCUUGCGAACUUUUACAUUCUAUUAUGUUGCUUAUGAUUGGCAGGAGCGCGUUUCAAGCUCGUAGUACGGCAGGACCACAAAAGAGUCCAUUUUAUCGUAUAUAUCGCCGAAUAUUUCCCGCACUUUUACGUUUGGCCAUUGAUACAGAUCAAGUACCAAGAAAACUGUUUCGCCGUCUUGUAGCUCAAAUGAUACAUUGGUUUACAAAUAAUGCACAAUAUGAGAAUCCAGAGACUAUUGCGUUAUUACAAUGUUGUCUCGAUGCUAUAUGUGAUACUUGGGGUUCAUUGAGAGAUUAUGGUGCGGAAUGUCUUAAUGAAUUCUUAUUAUGGUCAAUUAAACAGUCAUCAGCUCAGCAAAUGGAUGAGAAUCCGAUGAACAUUAAAUCAUUAUUAAAGCGUUUAUAUAAUCUUUCUGCACAUCCUGAUUAUACCAAACGUCUUGGAGCUUCACUUGCUGUUAAUCAUAUAUAUCGUGUAUAUCGUGAGGAAGAAUCUUUAAUCGAUCAAUUUACAUUUGAACUCUUAUAUUGGAUUUUAUUCAAUUUGAGACUUUCUGAUCAAGAUCAAGAUGCUAUUGGUACACGACAACAAGCUAUCGCAGCGAUUAGGCAUUUGAAAAAAAUAAUUACUGUUAAAUCAGAUCUGUUUAUAAAUGAAACAGAUGCGAGACGCAAGUUUUCUAAUCUUGAUAAAGCUGAUUUAUCAUCCUUAGUUAAAUGGUUAUUUAAUGAGACCCGUAAACUUGAACGAGAUUAUGCAAACAUGUGUAGAGAAUUAUUUUCCGAAUUUGUGGCAUUACUACCAGAACAUAAAAGUGGUUCUCGAUGGGUUUCAUAUGAACUCACAAAAGAUCCAUCUUUUCUAAAAAAUCUCUAUAAAAUUUCGAUACUAUCUCAAUUACCUUCUCAGCAUCAUAAUGUGAUUUCAUCAAAAACCAAAGGAUGGUGUUUACGCUUCUUAUGCAUUUUAGAAAAUUAUACUUGGCUAAUCAAAGAGAAAUUUGUGGCACCACUGGCACUAAUUAAAAAUGAAAGCACAAUUUUUCGAAAAGCCAUUGAUUAUUUUUUAGAUAGAAUGGUAUUAAAUGUUGAUUCAAGUUAUUCACAUGAAAUGAUGGAUGUUGAUGAUGAAAGUAGUUUUAGUUCAAUUAGUUCAGAAAAUAUUUUAACCCCUGGUGAAAGAUUACAAUGGUUGAAUCGUGAAGCACAAAUGAUUGAUCGUUUAAUAGAUUUUGCUAUUGUUAUACUUGAAAAUGCAAAUGAUAAUGAUAUACAAAGUAUAUGGAAUACAAACAUUUUUGGUAAUCCAUUUUUUAAGACAAUAGCAAAAUCAUUAUUUUAUUUCGAAAGUUUGGGUUUGGAUUUAUUAUAUAGUGGUGGAAAUGAACGUGAUAAAUUUACAAAAAAAUUGGAACAUUUAUUGACUUUGUGGAAAAAACGAUCAAAAUCUGGAGAUUCUCAACGAGAUCAAAUGGUUAAAGAAAUUGCUGAUAUUGCAUUUUCAGAUGAAAUUGAUUUGCUUAGUAUCGAAAUUGAAAAGUCAGAUCCUGCUAGUUACAUUCAUAUUACGGCUGGUUUUAAAAUUUUAACAUCAACCGAGAUCUUUCCAGAACUGUUUUCUCACAUACCAUCACAUGUGAUUCGUAAUAAUACUUUACAUGAUCUGCAUAGUUAUACUGUAUUGAUGUGGGAAAAAUUCAAGUCUCUUAGAAACGCAGAGGAACCUGUUUGGGUUGAACUUGCGGGUCAUUUACUUACCUUUGUUUUAAGUAAUAAUCCUGAUGCUUUGAACAGAUGGCUUCUCAGUGAUAUAUUGGGCUUUCCAAGUAAUAGCUCUCAUGUGAGUUAUCAAGAUGGUAGUCUGUAUUAUCAGAAAUUUUUUUCAAGCAUCAAUGAACAUGUAUCUCGUAAUUUCAAAGGAUUUGCAUUUAUAUUUUGUGAGAACAUUAAUGACGCAAUAGUAAAAGAUGUUGUUUCGGGAGUAAUUGAUUAUUUAUCCUUCAAGAAAAAUUCGGAACAGAUACUAUUGUUUUUGAACGAUCGUCCAUUUUCAAAUAACUUUAAACAAUUAUUCUUUGAUACAUACGUAUCAUUUCUUGGAAAAGAAACAGAGCUUGAUUUUAAAUGUGAAGCUUUGGAAAUUAUGCCAAUAUUUCUUAAAUCUGAUAUGCCUACUGAAAAGAUUGAAUCAUGUGUUUCGGAUAUGUUGAAUAAUCAAUUUCCUUUAUGGUCAUCAGAUUACAAAUCUGGUGGAACAAGAAAAUUAAAUGAAUAUAUUUCAGCACUUGAUGGGCUACUUAAAGCGAUGGUUCGAUCUGAUAGCGUUAGCCUUUUUAAAAUCUUGCUUCCUAUUUUUGUUCGAGAGAAUGAUCAUAUUUAUAGCGAAGAGUUUUAUCGUCAAUUGGGAGAAUUUGUUUCUAAACUUCCGCGAUCUAAAUUUGUUGAAACUUUGGAAAUUACUUUCGGAUAUUUCAUGGAUUCAAAGUUUGCAAAUUUUCAUCGAAAUAUAAUCCAAUCAAUCCUAAGUCCCAUAUUGAUGCAAGGAACAAGGAUAUAUGUUGUGGAAUUUUACAAAAUGCAUAUUAGAGAGUUAAUCAAUAUUAUCGAACAAGAUAAAUAUCCAAGGACUGAUUCUGAUAUUUUUAACAUUAUGUAUCUUCGAGUUUCUAAAGAUGACAUUUAUUCAGAAAAAGGAGAAAUUGUUCAAACUUAUUUUCAAGGAAGAAUAUUAAAGGCAAAGGAACUGACUCGUAUAAUAAUGGACUAUGCACAUAAAACCAAGUCAAAAAGCGAUAAUGAUGAAUAUUCAAGUGACUCUGUUAUAGAAGCUAAACUACUACUUAGGUGUGCUGCGUAUAAUGCUCUUGCAGCAGCUAUCUUGUGCACACAAGAAAAUACUUCCAAAAAUACUCCAGUGUUUUAUAGGACAUUUUUAUUUUCUGAUAAUGUUCUCAAAGGGGAAUAUGUUUGGGAAAAUAUUGUUGAUUUGAAGAUGAAACAUCAUUUCAAUGCAGACUCUGAACAACCAUUUUUUAAAACUAAACUUGAUGAUUUUCGGACGAGAACAGCGGGUUUAUCUAAAGAAACGAAAAAAACAAGUAGUUUAAAAUACCUUGCGUCCCAAUAUUUGGCAGACUCUAGUGUUUCACAAACCGCCAAUCUUGAUAGUAUGAUAGAUGAAAUUACCCAGGAUUUAGGCUCAAGCGUACAAAUUGAAGAUAAUGAACCAACUCCAAUGGAAGUAGAUGAACCAACAAAGGAUUUGCCAGAACCUAGGGAAUUGGAAAUCGAUUCAUUUAAUCGUAAUCCUUGUAUGAAAACGAUUAUCAGAGUAAUUGAACGUCUUCACACUGAAAUAACAUCGCCAAAUUCGUCUGAAUCAACACCUAUAUGGAUGAAUGAUUUACAUAAAAAGUUCAUUAAAAAAGAAACGCAUCUCAAUAUACGUCUAUUUAUUGCUAAAAUUAUUAUCAAUAUUCCUGAAGCUUUUGAGAAGUAUGCUUCAAUUUGGAUUCGGCCAUUAAUGCAAUUAAUAAUUGAAGGAGAUGCGUAUGGAAAAGGAAUAAACUAUUUUAUUCAGGACCUUUGCGCUAUAAUAAUUGUUUGGAGUUCUUUCGAAACAUUAGGAUCUUAUGAGGAUAAAAUAUUGAUCUAUAAAUUAAUGGAUUUUUUGAUGAGAAAUACUUGCAGUGAAGAUCGCACCGUCCUUCGUAAUAAUCUUCAAUCUAUUAAGGGAAUGUUUGAAGCAUGGCACGACAUCAUUGUUGUACCAACACAAGUUAUAUAUGACUAUUUUAGUAGUUCGGACGAUAACCAAAUUAUUGCGGGCUUACAGUUAUUUGGUAUCGCAUUAACACAUGACAAGUCACUGUUUAAGCAAGAAGUUGGAAUUGAUUUUGGCACUUUGACAGAGGAAAAAUUUUAUUGGGAUCUCACCAGAAAAUUAGAUCAUGAAAAAAGCAAUAUACGUUCUCUUACAGCUGAAGUGUGUGCAUCAGAAAAAUUUUUAAAAUAUGCUUUUAAUCUCUUACCACGGUUAAAUAGUCUUAAUGUUAAAAAAAUUCUUGCAUUAGAAGUUAUUUCAUAUUGCGCUGAAAGCGAUCCUGAUUUACUUACAAAUUUGGGAAAAACUCAGCUUCUUACAUUACUUAGACAUAAGAGCGAUAAUGAACAAUUAGUAGCAUUAAGAAUUUUGAAUGGUGUACUACUUCAGGGGGAUGAAACUUUAGUAGAUUAUUUCUUAGAUCCAUUACUCGAAAGUUUCAAAGAUCAUCCUAAUAUUAAUUGUCGAAAUAUUCCACAGGAAUCAUUUUAUGCCAUUUUAAUGCAGUUAUAUAAGAAAACAUCAAUAGAAAGUAAAGUCAAACAAAAAUUGAAAAUCGGUUUGCUAAGAGGGUUAGCGGAUUUAGAUGAAAACAUACAACAAACGUUGACGGAAUUUUGGAAGGAACAACAAGAACUUUCUCAUGAUACGUUUACUUCAUUAAAAGAACUUGUUGGGAGUUUAUAUUGCUCCGAAAUCGAAACGCUUUUUUUACAAUACUCAUGCUUUUUACUACUCGAAGGGUCAAAAAAGAGCAUAGAUUAUAAAAAACCCAUAUUUGAUCAGCCUUUACCUCAAUCUAAAUUUGAUGACAAUUUUGACAAUAUAGACACCUCAUGGCGAGUGAAUAAUACUAUGACACCUCUUUUCGUUAAUACACAAAAAAAUAAUCAAAAGGCUUAUAAGCGAAACUUUCAAGAGGGAUUCGUUCGAGCGACAAAUAAAAAUAACGCAUUCAGUUUGACAAUCGAUCCAAUGAAUUAUGAUAUUGGAUCUCAAUUAUCAACUUGGACAUUGACACAAUCUAAUUUAUUGUUUGCUCCCGCGAAUACUCCUGUAUUGGGCAAAAGAAAACAGGCUAUUUACGGUGACUCAGACAAUGCGUCGAA